AUGCGUCUCUCAAUUGCUUCUGUCGUCUCCUGCCUGGCGGCUCUCGCCAUGGCCGCUACCAAGCCCGACUACACCCAGGAUCCCACGGGAAAUGCCAUCCUCAAGCCGGGUCUGAACGAAUUGGUCCCUGCUGGAAAGCAGUACACAAUCGAAUGGGAUCCCACUACCACAGGGCCGGUCUCGCUGGUUCUCCUGCGCGGUCCCAGCACCAAUGUUGUGCCCAUUGAGACGCUGGCCGACAGCAUCCCCAACUCGGGCAGCUUUUCCUGGACUCCCAGCACCUCCCUCGAGCCCGACACCACCCACUACGGUCUCAUGCUCGUUGUCGAAGGGACCGGCCAGUACCAGUACUCGACGCAGUUUGGUAUCUCCAACCCAGACUACUCUGGCUCGACUUCCAAGUCGUCCUCGACUGCCACUACCGCCACCGAGACCAAGUCUUCUUCCGCGACGGAGUCUUCUUCUUCCAAGCCCUCGACCACUGGCACGCCCGAGACUGCUACUACUACCGCGACUUCUGGUUCGGCCAGUGCCGACUCCACCACUACCGCCUCGGAGACCCCCGCGACUACCCUCGUCACCCAGAGCAGCACCACCAACGUGCCCACCUCGACUGUGGUUGUGACUGUUCCUAACAGCUCUGCCGGCUCUUCGUCGGGUGCCUCUGGCUCUCCCCGCCAGUCCAGCACCCCGUCCCCCUCGCCCACUCUCUCGAGCGGAGGAGACCGCAAGGCGAUCAGCCUGGGAGCGGUUGUAGUGGGAGCAUUCGCCGUGAUGGCUUUCUAA